UGAGGAAGUAAGGCCAAAGCAAAGGGGGCUUUCCAACCACUAGACAUCAAGACAGCAGCGGCUGCUUUUUCUGCUAUGUUCCCGUAUGGAUUUUAGUAUAUGUGCUUUUAACAUUCUGUUUUUAGAAUGUCAGCUACCGAUCAAAAGCCUCUAGCUGCCUAUUUUAAAACGGGCAGUGUUUGGUCGUUUUCAUUGUAAGCGGUUACAUUGUGGUGUUCGCGUUCAUGAACGUGCCAUUCAUCGAAGCUCCAUUUGUAACAUUAGCUCCUGGAAAACGGCGUUGCGUUGGCCAACGUUACAAAUCUGAUUCAUGUCAUGUCAGCAGGGCGGAAUGCGGACGGGCGGGAGCUGCAGAUCCCCCUCCAGCAAUGCUCUCUCUCCCCGGCCGCUCUCUCCCUGGCCCAGCGCCCCUGGCCCAGCGACCACGUGGCAGGCUUCCUACCCCAGCACGGGGGCUUCAGGGACCACUUCGUAGCCACCCCGGAACCCAAGUACUGCUGUGAGGCCUGCAGGCUGGUGCUCUGCAACCCCAGGCAGACAGAAUGCGGACACCGCUUCUGUGAAACCUGUAUCUCUGAGCAGCUAAGCAAACCGACUCCAGUAUGUCCAGCAGAUAUGGAACCUCUGUUCAAAGACAAGGUCUUCCGUGACGUGUGUUGCCAUAGAGAGAUCAUGACUCUGAAAGUGUACUGCAGGAGUGAGAAGAACGGCUGUAAGGAGCAGAUACGUUUACAGCAGGUCAUGGAUCAUUUAAAUGUGUGUCUGUAUUUUGAGGUGCCAUGCCCUUUGGGAAAGUGCAAAGAGAAGAUGAUGCGCAAAGACAUUUCUGAACACUUGAGUAGGAAAUGUAAACACAGGGAGACCACCUGUGAAUUCUGCAUGCAGAAGAUGGCCAUGACUGAAUUACAGAAACACAAAGAAACUGUUUGUCCUUCAUUUCCGGUGGCCUGCCCCAAUCAUUGUACUUUUCCCUCCAUCUUACGCAGCGAGCUGACAAGUCAUCAACAUGAGUGUCCAAAGGCUCAGGUCACCUGCUCCUUUAUCCGCUUUGGAUGCAAUUUCAAGGGUCUCAACCAAGACAUGAGGGACCAUGAAUCUAGCUUUGCCUCUGAACACCUGCGGUUGAUGGCAACCAGGAACACUACACUGGAGGCCAAGGUGGAGGAUGUAAAAGGAGAGCUUCUGGAGCGGUACAAGGUUCUGCCAGGCCUGAGCAGCCGUCUGUCUGAAACAUUGUCUCAGUAUGAGGAGAUGAGGGAGAAGAACAGACAGCUGGACCAGAAGCUCAAUACCAUGCAGGAGUUGAUGAGUUCCCACUCUGAGAAGCUUCUGGAGAUGGAGCUAGAGCUGAGGUCUCUGAGGACUGUCCGAGAGGAGGUAGAGACACUCAGAGGAACCGUAGAGAGUAUCCGCUCCAGGGUCGCCACGCUAGAAGGAGGACGGGGCGGGUCCAACCCAGCCACACACACACUAGAGACACAGCUCUCCCGUCAUGACGACAUGCUGAGCGUCCAUGAGAUCCGCCUGGCAGACAUGGACCUGCGCUUCCAGGUCCUAGAGACGGCCUCCUUCAAUGGGACGCUCAUCUGGAAGAUCCGUGACUACAAGCGGCGGAAACAAGAAGCCGUGGCGUCAAAGACCCUGUCUCUUUACAGCCAGCCUUUCUACACUGGCUACUUUGGCUACAAGAUGUGUGCCCGGGUCUACCUGAACGGAGACGGCAUGGGGAAGGGAACACACCUGUCUCUGUUCUUCGUGGUGAUGCGUGGCGAGUACGACGCCCUGCUGCCCUGGCCCUUUAAGCAGAAGGUGACCUUGAUGCUGAUGGAUCAGGGCCCAGCCAGGAAGCACCUAGGGGAUGCCUUCAAACCAGACCCCAACAGCAGCAGCUUCAGACGGCCAACGGCAGAGAUGAACAUAGCCUCGGGCUGCCCGCUGUUCGUGGCCCAGACUGUGCUGGAGAUCGGUACUUACAUCAAGGACGAUACCAUCUUCAUUAAGGUCACAGUUGACACGUCUGACCUCCCUGACCCCUGACCUCUGGUCCGUAGAGAACAGCAGAUGUAUCCAGAUCAGUUCUAUCUAUCAGAGGGAGAGGUGCCCUUAUGUGAGAGAGAUUGCAAGAUGGAAUGGAGAAAGAAAGAAGGAUGCAGAACGAGAAAAUAAAAGAACAGGACAAAACAGUUAGGAGAGUAAGGUUUCUUUGCAGUUCUCAAGGUGUAGCCUAAGCCUGCAGAAAGAGCUGGGUGGACCUCAGAGCAGUGGCCUUUGGUCCCUGUGUUGCUCACCAGAGAGGUGAGGAUUAUUUUUCAACAAGGGAGAUAUGUCACCAGUCGCAACCAGGCUGAAUGUUAACUAGAGCAGUGAGCAUGGUGGUUUAAUUAAGUGAUAAUGCCCUCGAAGCCAGUGUUUGGAGGAUAUAUUUGCACGGGUGUUGUUAGGCA